CUGGCCUCUAGCGUGAACAGCACCAAGGAGAAGAGCCUCGAUGACCCGCAUUCUGAUGAAUCCGGCAUCUCGGCCCCCCUACAGAUCAACAACAACCUCCAGGCCAAGCAGCACCAGCAGCCGCUGAAGCUGACCUCCCAUGGCAAGCUGGUGCCACCCAAUAGUCUGCUGCCGCCCGUCACGCCAUUGGGCAUCAUCAGCAGCUCUGGGAGCAAUCAGAAUGGAUGUCAGCAGCAACAGCAACACCCUCAAGCUGAACACACACACGGCGUUGGCCUUACUGGAGAACGGCAACUCGCCAACGGGCAUUACCACGGUCACCAUGUCGCCGGCAGCCAUCGAGCGGGACUCGGAUGGCAGGCCGUUGCGUCAAGGCUAUGUGCCCGUCGAGCAGAAGAUCCAGCAGGAACUGCAGGACCUUAAGUCGCGAGAGAAGGAGCUGAAGCGCGUUCGCAAGAUUAACAGACAGAACACCCUGAAGGUUUCGCUGGACAAGCUCUAAGCACAUAUGACGAGGCCGAUGGGGACGACGAUGACAACGAGGACUCUGAGGUGGAUCACUGCUAUGGACCCGGAAAACUGCGCACUGCCCAG